CGGGGCGUGAAGGUGCGGCCGGGGCCGGGGGAUGCUGGGCCCCUGCGCCUCUGAGGACAGGGCCCCCCCAGCGCGGCCGCGCCCCCGCCCCCGGGCUGCCCCCCGGGCAGGGCGGCCCCUGGCCCUCAGCCCCCCGGGAAGCUGGGCCGCGGGGCGCCCUUAGGGAUGCGGUGACCGGGGCCCGCUCUCCCGCCGGGAGGGGCGCCGCCUGCGCUGGGACAGGGGGGGACGGGGGGCCCCCGCAGAGCCAGGGCGGGAGGAUGCUGUCCGAGCAAGCCCAGAAGUGGUUCCCGACCCACGUGCAGGUCACCGUGCUCCAGGCCAGGGACCUCAGGCCAAAGGGCAAAAGCGGCACCAAUGACACGUACACCAUCAUCCAGCUGGGCAAGGAGAAGUACUCCACCUCCGUGGCCGAGAAGAGCCUGGAGCCGGUGUGGAGGGAGGAGGCCGCCUUCGAGCUGCCCGGCCUGCUGGUGCGGGGCAGCCCCGACAAGCACAUCCUCCUCCUGGUGGUGAUGCACCGGUCCCUGGUGGGGCUGGACAAGUUCCUGGGGCAGGUGGCAGUCAACCUCAAUGACGUCUUUGAGGACAAACAAAGGAGGAAAACCGAGUGGUUUAGAUUAGAAUCCAAACAAGGAAAAAGAGCCAAAAACAGGGGUGAGAUAAAGGUCAAUAUCCAAUUCAUGAGGAACAAUAUGACAGCAAGUAUGUUUGACUUAUCCAUGAAGGACAAAACCAGAUCGCCUUUUGCAAAAUUAAAAGAUAAGAUGAAAGGUAGAAAAAACGAUGGGACAUUUUCCGACACGUCUUCUGCAAUCAUUCCAAGUUCCCACGUGACGGAUGCUAAUGCUGAGUUUUCCAGUGGUGAGAUGCAGCUGAAAUCUAAACCGAAAAAGCCUUUCCUUCUGGGGCCUCAGCGGCUCUCUUCUGCGCACUCGAUGUCUGACCUAACGGGGGCCCACGUGUCCGCGGAGAAGCUGAAGCCUGGCCCCGCGGGGCCAACGCAUCUCCUCGGCCGCCAGACAGAGCCCUUCGGAGCCGUGCCCGAAAGUGGAAGUCUCAAAUCUCCACCCAGAAGAACAUUAAGCUUUGAUACCUCUAAAAUGAACCAGCCUGACCGCAGUGUGGAUGAAGGCGCCCCAUCUUUCGGAAGACAAAACGACCCAUUUACAAACGUGACGGCUUCCUUACCCCAAAAAUUUGCAACACUGCCAAGGAAGAAAAAUCCAUUUGAAGAAAGCAGUGAAUCCUGGGAUAGCAGCAUGACUUUAUUUUCAAAAUCAAUUGAAGCAAGAAAAGAAAAUAAGAGAGAGAAAAGGGAGAAAGUUAGCCUAUUUGAAAGAGUGACCGGAAAGAAAGAUAGCAGAAGGGCUGAUAAACUCAACAAUGGGGCAGCCGAGAGCCCCUGUGACUUGAAAUCACCUAAUGCGUUUAGUGAAAAUCGUCAGGACUAUUUUGAUUAUGAGUCAACUAAUCCGUUUACAACAAAAUUCAGGGCUUCAAAUCUAAUGCCAUCUUCACGUUUUCAUGUGAAUCCGACAAGCGGUGAAGACCUCAGGAAAAUCCCGGACAGCAACCCUUUCGAUGCCACCGCGGGGUACCGCAGCCUGACCUACGAGGAGGUCCUGCAGGAGCUGGUGAAGCACAAGGAGCUCCUGCGCCGGAAGGACACGCACAUCCGGGAGUUGGAGGACUACAUCGACAACCUCCUCGUGCGGGUCAUGGAGGAGACGCCCAGCAUCCUCCGCGUGCCCUACGAGCCGUCCCGGAAGGCGGGCAAGUUCUCCGACAGCUAACGAGCCCUGGGUGCCGCCCAGAUGACUGGGGAAGGGAGAAGGGAAAGAGGAAGAAAAGGAAGACUGGUGACAGGAAGAGCCCGCACCUUCAGGUUUCAGUCCGUGCUCGUCCUUUGGGAAAAGGUGUUUUCCCUGUAAAUAUGAGCGGGGACUGUCAGAGUCACCUUUGAAGGGAGUUCAAUAAUUAGAACUUGGAAGGGAAAGGGCCAGAUUGCAGAUAAGUAAGCAGCUCCUGGGGACUCACUGGGGUGCUGGCCAGCCCCUCACCCACCUGCAGCCCCGGGAUGUCUUCAGAAGCUCUUGGCUCGCUCCUCAGGAAGAUUUCUCAUGACUUUGACAUUGUGAGAAUGGAUGCUGUGGUGGGUUCUUGAGCAUUCAAUUUGUAGACGAUUUAGCUGCAGGAAUACUGCUCAUCAUAAACACUAUUUCACCAACAGUCCAUGUUUUAUAUACACACGUAUGUACAUGAAUGUAAGUUCAUGUAUCUUUGCAUAUAAAAUACGUGCAUAUACCUCACAUCUACAUGUGUUUUUAGGACAUUUAAAAUCAAUCGGUUUCCUCUAAAGCGAGGAUACCAGUUUCUUAACUGGGAGAUGUAUGUACUCUCAACGAAGCGUCAUUGCUUCUGCAGUAUUACAUGUGUGUAUUCUGCAGUAUUACAUGUGUGUCAGGGAAGCUGCUCCAAGUCACUAUGGAGUCUCCACCUUGGUUUAUAAUGAGCUGCUGCUCUGUUACUCAGCGUCAGGUUUUUGCUCUUUAUCCAGAGCAGUGCUCCAAGGCCUUGUAAAGAAUGACGCAUUUUAGGAAAGUCCAUUAACUCCACAACAGCAUGGAUUUCUCGGAUUCGUUUUUCAGCGUAACGUUUAAGUUUUGUCUAAGCUCUAAGCAGGAGAUAAGCUGAUGGCAUUUGUUUUGUUGCCAUUCUGAAUGCCUAUAAAACACUAGCCAAGAAAACAGUAAGAAGUUAAAGCUGAAGAUAACUUGGAGGGUGAAAAUAGGUGAUCAUCUGACGCCCGAUAACCCAAAACAGUGGGCAGAUUCUCGGAAUAAAGAUUUAGGCGUGGUUUCAAGUUCCAUAAAUAAUAGAACAGAUGGUUGCAUUUGGGUCUUGAACCAAAAUAACAGUUACUAAAGAGUGAGUUUUUAGAACAGAUCUUUAUUAGCAUGACGUUACACAUUAAUCUGUGUCUACCCUUUAAGAUUUGAUUUAUCACCAAAUUAUAUGUCCACGUUUUUUAUGUCUGCUUCCCCAAAAUGUUGAAUGCUUCCAUGAAUCAUCUUUCUAUGGUUGCACAAAAUUAGUCUGAAAUGUAAAGUGAAAAAUAAUGGUUAUAAAAAUGUUAAUUACUGCUUAUUUUUUACCUUACAAUCUAAAAUACUUACUAGGAAACACUGAAUCUAUUUCUUCUGAGUUUAAAAUGAAAAACACACACCAUAUAUGGAGACAUACAUUUCUCAGUUUUUUUAAUGAGUGCAUUUUUGUCUAAGACUUACUUGAAUGUUAAAUACAAAACAGAUAUAAUUGUUUCACUUAUUUUAAUAUUCUAAAUCAGAUAAUACUUGGCCAAGUUUAUAUUUCAUAAGCUAAAAUUCCUGUUAUUUGUAUUUCCUGAGUUUCUUUAGUUUUUCUAUAAGAGCAUACAUUUUGACAUUGUGAAAAUUUUCCCCAAAUAUAAAAAUUCAAUAAUUAUUGAAAUGAAGAAAUGGAGGAGGUAAAAUAGCUCUACCAACAUUUUCCUUCUUUUAUAUAUCUUUCCUAAACCUCCAAAUCUGGUGUAGAAUUUUACUUUUCCAUUUGAAGUCUUAAUAAUUAUUUUUAACAUGGUGCCAUUUUAAUUAACAUUUAAUAAAUAUUUACAAAAUUCUUAGCAUUUGAUUUUGUGUUUUAGUAUAAUUGAGGCUCUUACACUUUUUAAAAAUAUCAAUAUCCAUGUGUUUUUAGUAUUAUGACUGAUUACUUACAGAUAUUUUAAUAUGCUUUGGCCAAAUUUGCUCCUUAUAGAAUGAACCAAGAUAUUAGUUUUGUAUUGGGGAUAUGUUUUAUGUGAAUAGAGAUCAGUAAAAAGUAUGAUUCAAGUAACUGCUAUUCUUUUUAUGAGGAGGUUCAUUUUUAAGGAGACAUUCUUUGUUAAGAGUUAGGUUUAUCCACACAUGAGAAAUUUGGUUAUAACUGACUCAAUAUUUUCAUCUUUAAGUCUGAGAUGAGAAUUCUAUUGAGAACACAUCCUGCCUUUAUCACUGCCUAACAAUGUUCUGUUUGAAUGUUUAUGGAGUUUUCCUCAUGACCCAGAGGACAAGUUACUUGUUCUCAUAAUCUGUCAAUAUAAUAAACGACAAACAAAAAGUGAAAAUGAGCUUCCCAGUGAACAUCACAGUGUUUCCUGCAUUUGGGCAGAAGUGCAUGCAGAUUAGUUUUAUUUGCUAGCAUUGUAGAAAGGCCAAAAGUCACCUUAGUUUGUUUUUCUAAAAUGUAACCUUUAGUAUUAUAAUGGUGUAUUUUGUUAGUAGCUUAGAAAUCGAAAUAAAAUAUAUGUACUCAUUAAAUAAUGCACAGCACUAUAGACUUAUAAAUGGAUUUUAUUUAUGCUUAGAAUGUAUGAUCAAAAACAUUUCCACCAAUAAGAGGAUUUAAACACACACACAAACACACACAGAAUUGAUAUUUAUCUAAAACCUAUAUUAAGUUAAUAUACUUCCGUUAUAUAAUUAAGAUAUUUAUUCUUUUUAAAGUAGCCUUAUUUUAUAACCAGUUUCCUAGUUUUACAAUAAAAUUCAGCUCUGAAGAUAUUGAACAUACUGUCCUACUUAGGCCUCCGUUUCACUCAUUGGCUAGCGGGGCCAUAUCUUAGAAUUGUAUAUAAGCGACGUGUCACCCAUUCAUGAGAGUCUAAGUAUUGCUUUUGGCUGCUCUGUUCUGCCUUGAGCCUAGUUUUGCCAUUCUCCCGUGCACGUACUGCUACCCGUAGAUUACACAUAACUACAUCUAUUGCUUUUGGCAGGAAACGAAGCUUUAGUUGUAAUUUUCCAGCUGUGAAAAUGUUGCCUUGUAUUGAAAAGGGUUUCAGGACUGGAAACCUAAGUAAAACCCAGCUCAUUAGUGACAGCUCUGCUUUCCUGCCUUCACCAGCUCCUCUGCCCUCAUCCCCCCCCUUCCCCCCGCACCACCCCCGUGAGGAUGCUUACUCUUCAAGGAGAAUCUAAGAAAACACAAAAGAACCGGCUUUAAUAUAUCUCGUACUUGUUACACUGGAGCUUUUCUCUUCCUCCAGCUUUUCAGGCAAAGCUCCAGCCUCGGGCCCGGGAGCGAGGCUGGAACUUUUUGAUGUCCGUGUGCUCAUAUGUCUUGUAGAUAUGCUAGGUGUCACUGUGCGUGUGUAAGUGAAGGAUGAAGCAUGCUCGCUCACUUGGUCGCUUUGAAGUAAGAGGUAAAGGAUCACAGCGCUGCUGGUUCGUGACGGUAGAUGCGAGGGUCUGUCAGCGCACAUUGGAAAGCCCCCAUUUUCACAGAUUUAUAACUCAUAAUCCAGAUGUGGCGAUUGGAAGUAUUUAAUAUGCAGUAGAUGGCACCUUAACUAAUUCAGCUGCAUCUGGAAGGUCUCCCGAUGUAUUUAAUAAGGAGUAGAGAAGCUCUCUAAGCAUUAAACUCGAGUUGGCAUUUUAUUUCAUUUCUUUUCUCUGUCAAAAAAAAAAAAAUUCCCUCUUACCAUGGAAUUGAAGUCUGUAACAAAUGAUACAUUGGGCUAUAAAUCUUUGAAGCAUCCAGAUGAGGUACAAAAGAAUGCUGCAGAUCGAGAAAUGUGUAUAUUUAGCAGGUAUUUGAAAGACACAAGCAUUAUUUAUCACAGAAGAGUAUUACACUUGUUAAGUAAAAUGCUCUUAGUCACUUGUAUACAUUUUUACCGGUACACACUCAAAAGUAUGUCAGCCUUGCAUAAUGUGACAGUUGUAUAAUUUAUGUAAUCUGAUGCAUGGAUCAGACUUUUUGUAUAAUAUAUAUUGAUUUAUUAUAGUUGAUUAAAGUGUUUAAUCUUAA